UGGUAGGGGCUGGCGGGUAGCGUCCCUGCUGCCCUGCGUGGUCUGUGCUUCCUGAUCCCUUCAGACAGGGCUUCAUUCCUGCUCUGGACAGAUCCUGAGGGCUCGGAGCCCAGCUGACCGGCCACAGAGACUCCCAGGACAUCUCCACCGCCACCCAGCUGCCUGUGUCCACUGGAGCAGGGCUGAGCCAAGGAGCGCGGGGAUGGAGCCCCCCGGGGCCCCUAAUCCUGGCAUCCCUGUGCCAACGAGGUCUGAGAGAUCCGUGGAUGAGGGAUGGCGGACCCUCACCCCCUGAGUUCCUGGGGCCCUGCCGGAAAUGCUGCCGUGGGCUGGACAUCCUGCCCCUACAGCUCCUGGCAGCAAUCUCGGACUCCAUGAGGAAGCAGGAGGUGCGGACAGGCGGGGAGGCUGGCCAGGGCCACGGCGCUGGCUCCCCAGCUGAGCAGGUGAAAGCUCUCGUGGACCUGCUGGCAGGGAAGGGCGGUCAGGGCUCCCUGGCCCCACAGACCCCCGACAGAGCACUGGACUCCCCUCUGGGCCCCCACAGCAAUGACUUGAGAAUACAGAAGUACCGCGAGGCCCUGCUGAGCAGGGUGAGAGGCGGCCAGGAGCUGGGCAGCCCCUCGCCCAGGCUGACCAGCCUCCUCCUGGUGGAGGGCCUGACGGACCUGCAGCUGAAGGAACACGACUUCACGCAGGUGGAGGCCACACGCGGGGGCUGGUGCUCCACCAAGACCAUUGCCCUGGACAGGCUCUUCCUACCUCUGUCUCGGGUGUCCAUCCCGCCUCGGAUCUCCAUCACCAUUGGAGUGGCCGGUGUGGGCAAGACCACCUUGGUGAGGGACUUUGUCUGCCUCUGGGCCCGGGGGCAGGUCGGUAAGGACUUCUCACUGGUACUGCCUUUGACCUUCCGGGAUCUCAACACCCACGAGAAGCUGUCUGCAGACAGACUCGUCCGCUCUGUCUUCCCGCAUGUUGGGGAGGCUGGCCUGGCAGCAGCAGCCCUAACUAGGGUCCUCCUGAUCCUGGACGGCCUGGACGAGUGUAAGACACCUCUGGACUUCUCCAAUACUGUGGCCUGCACUGACCCCAAGAAGGAGAUCCAGGUGGACCACCUGAUCACCAACAUCAUCCGGGGCAACCUCUUCCCAGAAGUUUCUGUCUGGGUCACCUCCCGCCCCAGUGCGGCUGGCCAGAUUCCUGGGGGCCUGGUGGACCGGAUGACCGAGAUCCGGGGCUUUAACGAGGAGGAAAUCAAGGUGUGUUUGGAGCAGCUGUUCCCUGAGGACCAGGUCCUCUCGGGCUGGGUCCUGAGCCAGGUGCAGGCCGACAGGGCCCUCUACCUGAUGUGCACCAUCCCAGCCUUCUGCCGGCUCACGGGUUUGGCACUGGGCCACUUGUGCCACAACAGGCCGGGGCCCCAGGACGCAGAGCUGUGGCCUCCAAGGACCCUGUGUGAGCUCUACUCUUGGUACUUCAGGAUGGCCCUUGGUGGGGAGGGGCAGGAGAAGGGCAAGGCGAGCCCUCGCAUUGAGCAGCUGGCCCACAGUGGCCGCAAGAUGGUAGGGACACUGGGCCGGCUGGCCUUCCAUGGGCUGGUCAAGAAGAAGUACGUGUUCUACGAGCCGGACCUGAAGGCAUUUGGCGUGGACCUGGCUCUGCUGCAGAGCACCCUGUGCAGCUGCUUCCUGCAGCGGGAGGAGACCUUGGCCUCCUCGGCAGCCUACUGCUUCACCCAUCUGUCCCUGCAGGAGUUUGUGGCGGCCGCGUACUACUAUAGCGCAUCCAAGAGGGCCAUCUUCGACCUUUUCACCGAGGGUGGCGUGUCCUGGCCCCGGCUCGGCUUCCUCACGCAUUUCAGAAGCACGGCCCAGCGGGCCAUGCAGGCUGAGGAUGGGCGGCUGGACGUGUUCCUGCGCUUCCUCUCGGGCCUCUUGUCUCCAAGGGUCAAUGCCCUGCUGGCUGGCUCCCUGCUGGCCCAGGGUGAGCACCAGGGCUACCGGGCCCAGGUGGCUGAGGUCCUCCAGGGCUGCCUGCGCCGCGACACCGCGGUCUGCGCCCGGGCGAUCAAUGUCCUGCACUGCCUGCAUGAGCUACAGCACACGGAGCUGGCCCGGGGUGUGGAGGAGGCCAUGGAGAGUGGGGGCCUGGCCAGGCUGACCAGCCCCCAUCACCGUACCGCCCUGGCCUACCUCCUGCAGGUGUCGGACACUUGCGCCCAGGAGGCCAACCUGUCCCUAUGCCUCAGCCAAGGCGUCCUCCAAAGCCUGCUGUCCCAGCUGCUCUACUGCCGGAGCCUGAGGCUGGAUACCAACCAGUUCCAGGAUCCUGUGAUGGAGCUGCUGGGCAGUGUGCUGAGUGGAAAGGACUGUCGCAUUCAGAGGAUCAGUUUGGCUGAGAACCAGAUCAGUAACAAAGGGGCCAAAGCUCUGGCCAGAUCCCUCCUGGUCAACAGAAGUCUGACUACUCUGGACCUCCGCAGUAACUCCAUUGGACCUCAAGGGGCCAAGGCUCUGGCCGACGCUCUGAAGAUCAACCGCACUCUGGCCUUUCUGAGCCUCCAGAGCAACACGAUCAAGGAUGAUGGUGCCAGGUCCAUAGCUGAGGCCUUGGCUGCCAACAGGACCCUCUCCAUGCUGCACCUGCAGAAGAACACCAUCGGGCCCGUGGGAGCCCAGCGGAUGGCAGAUGCCCUGAAGCAGAACAGGAGUCUGAAGGAGCUCAUGUUCUCCAGUAACAGCAUUGGUGAUGGAGGCGCCAAGGCCCUGGCUGAGGCCCUGAAGGUGAACCAGAGCCUGGAGAGCCUGGACCUGCAGAGCAAUUCCAUCAGUGACACAGGAGUGGCAGCACUGAUGGGGGCCCUCUGCGUCAACCAGACCCUUCUCAGCCUCAACCUUCGAGAAAACUCCAUCAGCCCAGAGGGAGCUCAGGACGUGGCGCAUGCUCUCUGCACCAACAGCACCCUGAAGAACCUGGACCUGACAGCCAACCUCCUGCACGACGAAGGUGCCCAGGCCAUCGCGGUGGCAGUGAGAGAAAAUCGUGCCCUCACGUCCCUUCACCUGCAGUGGAACUUCAUCCAAGCUGGUGCUGCCAAGGCCCUGGGACAAGCACUACAGCUCAACAGGAGCCUGACCAGCCUUGAUUUACAGGAGAACGCCAUCGGGGACGAAGGCUCCUGUGCGGUGGCCAGUGCGCUGAAGGCAAACACGGCCCUCACUGCUCUCUAUCUCCAGGUGGCCUCCAUUGGUGCCCCGGGGGCCCAGGCGCUAGGGGAGGCCCUGGCUGUGAACAGAACCUUGGAGAUUCUUGACUUAAGAGGAAAUGCCAUCGGAGUGGCUGGAGCCAAAGCCCUGGCGAAUUCUCUGAAGGUCAACUCAAGUCUCCGAAGACUCAAUCUUCAAGAGAAUUCCUUGGGGAUGGACGGGGCAAUAUGCGUUGCCACUGCACUGUCUGGAAACCACGGCCUCCAGCACAUCAAUCUCCAGGGAAAUCACAUUGGGGAAUCCGGUGCCAGGAUGAUCUCAGAGGCUAUCAAGACAAAUGCUCCCUCAUGCACUGUUGAAAUGUGAGCAAAACAAGUUCCUGGUGAACUGGGCAGGAGGACAGACAGACACAGCUGGAAGCUUUCGAACAAAAAAGACCAUUUUCCAGGGUGCCUUCCUGUGGUCUGGGAAUGAUGCUGAGUUGCAUGAGAGCUGGUUUCCUGCAAGGAGGCGGGAAAGGUGCUGCCAAAGCUGAAAGCACCUCUCCCGGUCCAGGGUCAGUCCAGGCGGGGGCGAGAUGGACACUCUGCUACAGCAUAGAGGGAAGGGUCUUCCACCAAGGGACUCACGGAUGUAGGCCUCAAAGCUCAGCAAGGAAGAAGCCGGUCUGAGCUUAUUUAUACCCUGAAGUCAUCAUGUGCCCAUUUCUUAUUACUACUGCCCUUUCCACUGCCCUCGUUAAAAUCAUCCCGCUCACUCUGAAAUGAGUUGCCAUCUUCAAGCCCAUUAAGAGUAUCAAUUUGGCAUUGGUGACAGAGGGAACUGCUUUUUCUUUCCUCAAGAAGAAAAGAAGGUUUUAGAAGUAUGAUCCUGGGCUGGCCCUGUGGCUUAGCGGUUAAGUGCGCGCUCUCCGCUACUGGCGGCCCGGGUUCGGAACCCCGGGCGCGCACCGAUGCACCGCUUGUCCGGCCAUGCUGAGGCUGCGUCCCACAUACAGCAACUAGAAGGAUGUGCAACUAUAACAUACAACUAUCUACUGGGGCUUUGGGGGGGAA